AAGUAUGUUGAGAUAAUUCGGAAGUUUCGACGAUUUCCGGUUCGAGAAACGAGCUAAAAUUGGAAAAACGAAACGAAAAAAUCUGGUCUUCGAGACCUUGUCAGGGAAAUUCAACAUGGCCUUGUUAAUAAGAAACCAUCUGCACCAGUCAGAAUUACAAUGUCGGACAAUGAUUUACUUUUCCAAAAACACUUAACGUAAAGUUCUUUUCUAGAGCAUCUUGCUAUUCUCAUUUUUUUGCAAGUUGAAGCGUUUUUGUUUUCAUUUCUUAAAUGUCUUAACCACGUUGUAUGAGGGUGUAGAGCAAUUGAGAAAACACGUUUGAGAAAAUGGAUAUCCAGACUGUUGAAAAAUGACUGAACAUUGCUCAGUAUAGAUGUAAAUAUGUAGCUCAAUAUUUUAGUAGAAUUGAGUAUCGUACGUCUUAGUUUUAAUUGUUGUGUAUUGCACAUGAGUGUAAAUAUUUGUUUAUUGCAUCAAUUAAUCAACAUUCCCUCAUAAUUCAAACUAACACAAUGUCAACUAAUGUUGGAGAUCCGUCAAUGAGAAAGAGUCAGAGACUUGGCAGACUUCAAAAGCUCUUGCAAAAGAAACAAGAGUCAUUAGCAGAUCAAUUCAACUUCAAGAUGCUGGUCACUUUUCAUUUUAAAGGAAAGAAAAGUAAUGCAGUAUUCCAAGUAGACAAUGUACAUCCGGUUAUGACAAACAAUUAUGAAGAUUGCAUUAUGCAAGGAGUAAAGGAUGAAGCAUAUUCUGAGGAGAGCAUGAGAGAGUUGCUUGAGAAAGACACAGUGCAGUUCCACGUCCCGAAGUGGCAGUCACUGAGGAGGGAUCUGUAUGGCAGCACUACCAACGUGGAUUAUUUCAUAUGGCCACGGAAUGAUGUUGAGAAGAUUGAAUGCUCACUGUUUUCAAAGUGGAAGGAGGACAUUGGACCAUAUAGAAAGAUUGAGGUAAACUUUGAGUUUUUCUACAGCGACAUUGACAAGCAGGCAGUGUACCUGGCUUCCAGCAAAAAUGACACUGGUCUGAUCAUUGCUAAUCCAGAGCAGAAUGUGUUCCUCUUCACAGAUAGACUGAAAUUACAGUCCCACACGAGGGAGGUCACGAUUCUGAAACUGUGCUGCCUGUGUGUGUACCUGCCUCAAGACCAGCUCACAGCCUGGGGCCUGCAGACCCUCGAUCAAACACGGUCCGCCCUGCAAGCUGUAUAAACAUUCAGUCAAAAGACUGUUUGCCCAAUGGCCAAACUAUUUUUACAAUUUGCUGAAUAGAAAAACUAAAAUUAUUAAAUAUUUUGAGGAAAAAAAAGUAAUUUUAUUUUGUGAUUUUCUCACCAACAACAUUAAAAGAUACAAGUUAAACAGGUUAAAUAUAACAAGGAAAUAAAAAAAACAGUCCGGUGUAUAAAUAUCUGUUCUGCAUCAUACAUGUUUUAGGAUUAAGACCAUGGAUGGUCAACUAAUACACAUAUUUGAUAUUUUAAGACCUAUAUUAUGUGGUACUAUUUUAAAUCAUUGAUGAUAUGUCAACUGUUUGAAAAAAAAUGAGAAAGACAUGCAAAUUAAUUAAUUGUGCAUAGGUGGUCACAAACCAAAAACUUAAUGAAGACUAAUAGUUAUUUGUCUCGUUAUAUUUUAUCAUAAAAGCAAUUUUCUGCAAAGAAUACAAACGCCUUGUAAAGACUUUUUGUAAAUACUAUUUUUGAAUUAUCAAAAUAAAAAAAAGCAUAACGA